AUGAUUAAUCGACUACCUAAAAAGUCAAUUAUAAAAUCAUAUCUACCUCGAAGGUCAUAUCAUAAAUCAUAUAGAUUACUACAGCAUCAACCAUCACAACAGCAACCACAUACACAAACACCAUCACAUUCACUACUACAAGAACAAUUCAACGAAGAACCCAGAAUCAAUCAAGUUGGUAUUCAAUAUUUAUCAAAUCAAUUACAUAAUAAAGUUUUUCCAUCAUCAAAAACUACUGAUUAUUUAAAACCAAAACAUCCCGAUUUAAUUGAAAUUUCUAAAAAACAUUUAAAAGAUAAUGAAUUAUUAGGUAAAAAAACUCAAAUUACUGAACCAAUAAAUAUAAAUCAUUUACCUGAUUUAGUUGGUAAAUCAUUAGAUGAACAUUUUUAUAAAUUAGGACAAAAAUCUUCAGAACCUUAUUUAUCAAUGGCUAAAACAUUUUUAGAUAAAAAUAACAAGCUACCAGAACAACCUAAAGAAUGGAGUUUUCAAUCUGGUUGGACAAGAUAUGAAGAAGGUAAAAAACCAGAAACUGUUCCAUUCCCAUUAGAAGAUGAAUUAGUAUUUGAUGUUGAAGUAUUAUAUAAAAUUACAAAAUUCCCAAUAAUGGCAACUUGUGCAUCAUCAAAAGCAUGGUAUGGAUGGGUUUCACCAACUUUAAUUGAUAUAAAAAAUAAAAGUAGAAAAAAAAAAGAUUGGAAUCAUCUAAUACCAAUGAAUUGUUCAAAACAACCAAAAUUAAUUAUUGGAUAUAAUAUAAGUUAUGAUAGAGCUAGAAUUUUAGAAGAAUAUAAUUUAAAACCAUCUAAAGCUUUUUAUUUAGAUGGAAUGUCAUUACAUGUUGCAACUAGUGGUAUAUGUUCAAGACAAAGACCAAUGUGGCAAAAAUUUAAUAAAUCAAAGAAAGCUAGUGAAGAAAUAAUAAAUGAUGAUGAUAUGGUCAUUCAAAAUGCCUCAAAUGAAAUCUCAAUUGAAGAAGAUCCUUGGUUAUUAACUGGUUCACCAAAUUCUUUAGCUAAUGUUGCUAAAUUUCAUUGUAAUAUUGAAUUAGAUAAAUCUGAUAGAGAAUAUUUUGCUUCUGAAGAUCCAAAAUUAAUAAUUGAAAAUUUUCAAAUGUUAAUGACUUAUUGUGCAAAAGAUGUUGAUGCUACUUAUAAAGUUACUCAACAUUUAUUUCCUGAAUUUUUUACAAAAAUCCCACAUCCUGUAUCAUUUGCUGCUUUAAAACAUCUUGGUUCAUUAAUAUUACCAACAACAAAAAAAUGGGAAAAAUAUAUUGAAUCAGCUGAAUCCUGUUAUGAAAAAAAUAGAACUGAUGUUACUGAUACAUUAGAAAAAUUAGCUAAUGAUUUAAUUGAAACUAUAAAAGAUAAAAAAGUCCCAACAAAAUAUAAAAAAGAUCCUUGGUUAAAUCAAUUAAAUUGGACCUUAAAAGAAGGUAGAUAUAGAAAAGAUGGUACUCCAUAUAAAAAUAGUGCUUAUUUAACUGGUUAUCCUGAAUGGUAUAGAGAAUUAUGGGGUUCAAUAUCACCAGCUGGAACUGAAAUGAAUUUAACAUUAAAAUCAAGAAUUACACCAUUAUUAUUAAAAUUAAAAUGGGAAGGUUAUCCAUUAUUUUGGACAAAUUCAGAAGGUUGGUGUUUUAAAGUUCCAUAUAAAGAAGAAACUAUAGAAGAUUUAAAAAAUAGGAAUUAUAGACAAGCAAAAUUAACUCCUGAAGAAAUUGAGUUGUAUCAUGAUCUUUUAAAUGAAAAAGGUAAAUCAUAUGUUUUAUUUAAAGUACCACAUCCAGAUGGACCAAAUAAAAGAUGUACCAUAGUGUUAUCAAAAAAUUAUUUAAGAUAUUUUGAAGAUUCAACAUUAACUUCAGAAUAUGAAUAUGCACAAAAAAUUUUAAAAUUAAAUAAUGAAGCAUCCUAUUGGAUGGGUAAUAGAAAUAGAAUUUUGGAUCAAUUUAUUGUAUAUAAUGAUGAAAAAAAGAAUAAAUUUUUUGAUACUAAAAAAGAAGCUCAAAAUCAUAAAGAUGUUGGUAUUAUUAUCCCCAAUUUAGCUUCAAUGGGUACUAUAACAAGAAGAGCUACUGAAUCAACUUGGUUAACUGCUUCAAAUGCGAAAAAGAAUAGAAUUGGAUCAGAAUUAAAAUCAUUAAUUGAAGCCCCCGAGGGGUAUUGUUUUAUUGGAGCAGAUGUUGAUUCAGAAGAAUUAUGGAUAGCAUCAUUAGUUGGAGAUUCAAUGUUUGAAAUUCAUGGAGGAUCAGCAUUAGGUUGGAUGACAUUAGAAGGUGAAAAAUCUCAAAAAACAGAUUUACAUUCCAAAACAGCACAAAUUUUAAAUAUUUCAAGAAAUGAUGCAAAAGUUUUUAAUUAUGGUAGAAUUUAUGGAGCAGGUGUAAAAUUUGCAACAACUUUAUUAAAACAAUGUAAUCCUAAUUUAUCAGAUGAUGAAGCUAAUAAAAUUGCAAAAACAUUAUAUGAAAAAACAAAGGGAAACAUUCAAAUUUCAAAAUCUUUAAAGGGAUCUCCAAGAAUGUAUUAUGGUGGUAGUGAAUCAAUAAUUUUUAAUGCAUUAGAAUCAAUAGCAAAAGAAUCUGAACCCAAAACUCCAGUAUUAGGUGCUUCAAUAACAGAUGCUCUUAAUGCAAAAAAUUUAAAUAAAAAUACUUAUAUGACAAGUAGAAUAAAUUGGACUAUACAAAGUUCAGGAGUUGAUUAUUUACAUCUUUUAAUUAUAUCAAUGGAAUAUUUAAUUGAAAAAUAUAAUAUUGAUGCAAGAUUAUCAAUAACUGUACAUGAUGAAUUAAGAUAUUUAGUAAAAGAAAAAGAUAAAUAUUUAGCAUGUUUAUUAUUACAAAUAAGUAAUCUUUGGACAAGAGCAAUGUUUUGUGAACAAUUAGGUAUAAAAGAAUUACCACAAUCUUGUGCAUUUUUUUCAGAAGUUGAUAUUGAUAAAAUUUUAAGAAAAGAAGUUACUUUAGAUUGUAUAACUCCUUCUCAUCCAACUGCAAUACCAUCAGGUGAAUCAUUAAAUAUUCAUGAAUUAUUAAGAAAAACAGAAAAUGGAGAAAUUUUAAAUUGUAACCCAAAAAAAUUAACUUUAAGAACAACAAAAUAUAAACAAAGAAAACCAAUAAUUUAUAAUUUAAAUAAAGGUUUAAAUAAUAAUUCAAAAGUUGCUAAAAUUAAAUUACAAACUUCAAUAAAUAAAGAUGAAUGGAAAAUUAAUUUAAAAAAUUAUUUAAAAACUAUUCAAAAAAAUAAUGAAGAUGAUAUUAUAAAAGAAGAAAUUAGAAAUGAUAAAAAAUUUAAAUCAAAAUCUUCAUCAUCUUCUACUUCAUCUAGAGUUAAGAAAUCAAAAGUUAAGGAUUAUGAUUUAGAAACUAAACCUUUAGUGGAAUAUAAAAAGAAAAAGAAAACUGUUUCUGUUAAAAAACCAACAAUUGAUGAAGUUAAAGCAAAUACAAUUGUAAAAGAUUUAUCAGCUUCUACUGCUACAGAUUCAACUUAUGUUACUACUGAUUUUGAAAUAUUACAACCUCCACCACCUCCUGUUUCACAACCACAACCAUCAUCAUCACAAUCACAAUCUUCUUCUUCUUCAUCAUCAUCAACAACUCAUCCAUCAUCUGCUCCUCCUUCAUCAUCAAUGAAAAAGACAUUAUUAUAUCGAGAACCUCCAAAUUCAAGAUUAUAUCAAAAUGAAUUAAGAUAUAAUUCAAACCAUAGUCAUCAUCAAAAUCGUCAUUAUACUACUGUUGCUAGGCAGGAUGUUGUUAAUUUAAUACAAUUUAGUCAAACUUUACAGCGGUUGUUUCCACCAUCAAUACCAGAAUUAGAUAAAUUAAUGGUUUAUCCUAAUUCAAAUCAAUCAUCAUAUCCAUCUUUCAUAGACAUUAUUAAAUUAGAUACGAUAACAACUACUACAACAAAACGACGACGACGACGACGACGGCAUAACCAUCUCAUGAGAGAUUCCAAUGAAUUAAUGAAUUGA